ACCUCAGUUGCAAAUGUGAAAUUUUAAUCUGACUUUUUUAUUAUUACAUUAACAUCUACGUCAAAGUGAGGAUGAUUGAACCUUUUAGAAAGGUGGCUUUUCCAACAAGAAAGGGGGGGGGGUCUUAUUAACUCUUGUUUACCUGUCAACCCCCCCACCUCUCGCACCCCCAAUCCAUCACUGCAUAUCCACUGGAAGUCACAGACUGUAGCAAUGUGACAGCUAUUUUUAGACCAAAACAAUUAUGUUCAGAGCUACUAGGACGUUGCACUGGCCGAUCACGAUAAAAUGUGUUUUCCUUCGAAUGUUAGCUUAAGAACAAAGCACUCUUCAUCUACGAAGUACCAGGUUUUACAUUUUGAUACACUUGCUCACACUGCUGUGGCCUACCAGGGUAGGUCAUACUUUGAUGCUGUUUUCACUGAAAAAUAACAAUCUUGUCAACACUGUAACAUUUUCUGAUUUUCUUUUUCCUGUCAUGUUUAUUCCUUUGAAAAAAAAAACUUUUUAAAAUUCCUAAUAAAUUAUUUUAAAACAUUCCAUAUAUGUGUACUGUUUUUUCUUUUGAACGUGAGAUUAACAGAAAUGCAAAUUUGGCGAAAAAAAAAAAAGAAUGUGUGUCUCAUUUAUAAAGCUCAAGCUAUGUUUUUUGUCCAACAAAUUUUGGGCAUCAUUCUUCAUUAGCAUUGUGCUCUGUGGUCCUCUGCAGUCAGGAUAAUCUGAGCUUCGUACAAGGUGAGAGGCUUUCACACAUUUUCGCAUCACAUAUAACAAACAAAAUGAGGAAACCUCAUUUCACUACUGAUGCGUUUUUCCUGCUUUGUAUAAUUGUAUAACCGUAUGUACACUGUGAAGAGAACAGUUUUGCUGUUCUAAUACAUUCACUUGAGAACUACCAAACCAUUUGUAAUAUAUACUAUGACCGUGCUCUAAAUGAAUACAAAUAUACUCAAUUACUAUAUAUUUUCUGUACAAAUACUACUAGUUUGUGGAAAAUUAUAAAUUUGUACUAAAUUUAUAUGCAUCUUUACUAAAUUACUAUAACAUUGUAAGUUACUAUAUAUUUUCUAAGCUAUAAAACUGUCUAUAAAAAUGUCUCUCAAUCUUAAAGUGUUCCAGUCCUUUUCUUGUUUCUACGCAACACCAGCAUUCACUCAGUCUGUCUUUCUUCAGUCUGCUCAGACUUUUCGGGCCUCUGAUUCCCUCUCAUAUCUCUCUGCUGGCUGAUUUCUCUCUUCCAUCAUCACUGCUCCACUGCCUCCCCUCCCUUGCCUCCACCUCCACUCUCCCAGUGUCUCAGCCCCGUGCCUCGCCUCUCUGCUUUUACUAUCUCGGGGGACGGCAGCCGGUCAUGACCACCAAGUCCUCACUAGACGGGAGCGCUGACUACCUGAAAUGCGGGAUGGCUCAGGAGAUUCCCCCUCUGAGGAACUAUCUCUGUCUCACCAUGUUCACCUGUUUCUGUCCUGCAUGGCCCAUCAAUAUUGUGGCGCUGAUCUUCUCUGUGCUGGCUCAAAAGAGCUAUGAGGAAGAGGACUAUGAGGGCUCCAAGCGGCUGGGUCGGAAAGCUCUCCACCUGGGGAUUGUUUCUUUUGCCAUUGGCCUUGUGAUCAUCACUGCGUACACUGUUGUGCACUUAACCACGCAUGUGGUGUGACCUCUUGAGGAGGAAGAGGAGGUGGAAGUGGAGAAGAGGUGAUGGAGAGAUCAG